UUUGAAUUGGCGCUACUGGGCCACGACGAAACCGAGAGCUCAAAAAACCUGGGAAUAUUUCGUGGACUGAUUAAUUUUUCUGCUGAGCUUGAUACAACCUUAAGCGAACACAUAAAAAAUGCUUCAAUAUUUAAAGGACUUCCAAAGAAAUACAAAACGAUCUACUGGAUUGUAUUCUUGAAGUUUGUCAUGAAGAGAUAAUAAAACAGAUUAACAGAGCCUAAUAGCAGAUGAAACAACGGACGUUUCGGAGAAAACCCAACUGGUAACAAUUUUCAGAUACGUAUUUAACGGCGAACCAGUAGAACGUUUUUGGAAUUAUAUGAAUCCCGAACAAUGUGACGCUGAUACUCUCACAAGACAUAUUUUGAGCGUCGUAGAUCCAUUAAUAGGAAAUUUCCCUAACAAACUGAUUUCAAAAAGCUAUGAUGGAGCCGCGGUAAUGAGCGGACAUAAUGUUGGAGUACAGGCAAACAUUAAACAAAGAUAUCCAUUUGCUCACUAUGUGCAUUGCUAUGCGCAUCAGUUAAACCUGAUUAUAUUAUACACUGUUAAAAUAAAUGACUCAACUUCGAAGUCACCCUGUAUAUAUUUGAAAGAUAUUCCGGGAUUUUUUAAUAAUUCUCCUCAACGCGUAGAGGUACUGAACAGAAUUGUGGGUAAAAAUUCCACAAGGAGCAACAACUCGUUGGAAUUUUAAUAUUCGAAAAUAAAUGUAGUGUUUGAGAAUAGAGAAUCACUCAUUGAAUGCGUGGAAGAAAUAGAAGAAAAUUUCACUAAUGAAACCGUUUGCAAGGCAGCUUGCGGUAUUCGCCGUAUGUUAAACGAUUCUGUUUUCGUGUUUUGGUUGACAUUUUUUCAUCAUGUCAUGCUUAACGUCGACAUCUUGUUCAACCAGUUGCCGAAGAUAAAAACCGAGCCAGCGCAAGUUAAAACGGCUA